AUGCCUUCACAACUUUCUACCCCUUUCCACCUCCCCUUGAGUCCGCACGUUCAUGAAGAGGAGGUGCGGGAUCAUGUAGCCACCACUGAACUCACUUGCAUCCCUCGUCGUCCCCCUCUCCUGUCGUCAGACCCCCUCUUCUUCUUCUUCUUCUCCUCCUCCUCUUCCUCCUCCCAAUAUCUCCCCGCUUCCCACGCCACCUUUGUCUUUGCAUAUUUUGUUGCAAUUAUUCUUGUUAUUGUAUGUGUUGGUGAUGCAGAAGAUACAAAGAAGAAUGGAGCUGAAUCUCCACAAAAUCCAGAUUGCCAUGAUACUGCUGACAUCCCAGAGCCUUGUGUGGAUAUUGAAACAAAUAACGAAGUUGCGUUUGUCAAACCCCCACAAACAUUAAAUAAUCGACGCUUAAACGCGAUUGAAGAAGAUUUAGGGGAUCUAAAAGAAGUUCGACAACUAGGCGACCGCCGAUUGCACAAAGAACUCGUGGCCAAAUCGCAAUCUCUUAAAGAAAUGGAAGAAAAGUUCGUCAAAGUUUCUGCCGAACUCGAGACAAAUGUCGUAGAUGCUAAAGCCAAGAAUAAGGCGUUGGAGGAUAUUUUGCGCAACAAACAGGAGGUGCUUCAGCGCGUUACUGCAGAACGCGAUGCUAUGCGCAAAGCGAAGUGCACACUCGCCCUUCGUCUUCAGGUGGCAGAAGAUCAGCUUCGAGAUGUGGAGCACAAACUCAAUAGUCGCGUUCUCGGUGUUGAGAUGGAGAAGGCUCGCCUCUCCGAAACCUUGGAGGGUGUGCGCACGGUCACUGAGACAGCUGAGGAGGUUAUCGCGCGAAUCCAAUGA